AUGAGCGACACAAAGCCAAAGAAAGGCGAGAUUUCGUCACCGGCACGCAAACUAACAGUGAACGAGGCGCAGCACUUUCUAAAACCAGAGAUAAUCGCAGAGCUACGGAGGAGAGGCGUCGACGUCGACGAUUCUCGAAGCAGAGACAGUCUACGAGAGCACCUCGUGAGACUAGUGAGGUUAGAGCUCGAGAGCGCGGGCAAAGAGGCCAGACCGGCAUCCUCGAACACAAUAGAUAAAGCGAUCCCAAGGAAAACCGCGGAUCGAGGCACGAGCGGGCACGCGGUAGAGAGAGACAGCGAAAACGUCAACGACGACGGACAGAUCGACGAUAGUGGCGAGCACGCGAGCAGUGACGACGACAUGGCGCUUGACGCGAAAAUUUUCUUCAGGCUAGAAUCGGACGACUGGGAAUCAUUCACGGAAAGGUUGGAGCUGUUUUUUUUCGCGAAAGACAUUACAGAGGUGGAAAAAAAGCAAGCACAUUUACUGACGCACAUCGAUGAAGACACGUAUAAGCUGUUCAAAACCCUGACUGCGCCAGACAAACCAGCGGCAAAAACAUACGACGACCUGGUUAAGCUGCUAGCGGGACACCUCAAACCACCGCCGUCCGAAGUCAUGGAGCGUUGCAAUUUCAAUCGCGCGAAACAAGAGCCAAAUGAGACAGUCGCGGAGUUUGCGACACGACUGAGGCUACUGGCACUCAACUGCAAUUUUGCGAAUAACCUGAGCAACGCAUUGCGAGAUCAAUUCGUGUGUGGGAUCCACGAGGAGUCAACACGGAUCGAAUUAUUCAAACGUGCGAACUUAACGUUUGAAGAUGCGUGCAAAGAGGCCACGGCGAGAGAGAGCGCGAUGAAAAACGCAACAGGAGCAUUACAAUCGCUGUCAAACAAAAAUUUCAAACACAAAAGUUUUGCCAUGGACCAACAAAAAAACCGCAAGCCCCGGUACAAGCAACAAAACAAGCGCGCAAGCGGGCCAGCAAGCGAUCAAGUGCAAGCACAACAAGCAAGCAUGCAACGCACGGGCAGAUCAACGUGUUACUGCUGUGGAGAAAAUGGGCAUGAGACAAAAUCAUGCAAGUAUCGAGACAAGAGUUGCAAUUUCUGCCACAACAAGGGUCACCUGAAACGGGUCUGCAUAAAAAAGAAGAAGCUGUCAAACAAAUAUUUGCAGGAAGAGCACAGCGACACGAAGGACGAGAGCAACAGUGAAGGCAGCCAAGAAAGCAGCACAUCCAGAAACAACAACUACCUCGAUUUUUUCAACAUGGUCUUCAAGAUGAAUGUACACCACAGCGACGCAACCAGGGCGGACCCAAUGUUUCUCGAUGUAAAGAUUAACGGUCAAUUAAUCAAAAUGGAAUUUGACUUAGUAUUGAAAGGAAACAAAGUCCCAUUAAUAGGAAGACAAUGGCUCUCAGCGUUUGGGCUGUGGCCAUUAAAGUCACUCAGCAGUUCAGACAUUGCGUUAAAUAACAAACAGGCGAUACAUAAGUUGCAGACGAACGACGUACGCGACAAACUAUUAACUGAAUUCGAAGUAUUAUUCAGCAAUACGCCAGGCGUAUACAACAAGCGUAGCGUUCAAAUCCAUGUAAAUCCAAACACCAAACCAGUCGCGCUCGGAGCAAGGCAUGUACCGUACGCGUUAAAGCCAAAAAUCGAGCAGGAACUGGAACGGUUAGUCAAGUUAGGCCAUCUGGAAAAGGUAGAGUCGAGCGAAUGGGCAACCCCCAUUGUAGCGGUACUAAAAAGUAACGAUCAGGUGAGAAUUUGUGGAGAUUUUAAGGUUACAUUGAACCCGCAUCUGAAGGUAACUAAACGUCCUUUUCCGCGAAUCGACGACAUCUUUGCAGUAAUGCGGAGCGGCUCAACAUUUUCUCAGCUGGAUCUCCCACACGCAUACAUGCAAGAACCAAUUGACGUAGAGUCUCGGAAAUAUCUCACAAUCGCGACGCAUGCCGGCCUGUUUCGAUACACAAAAAUGAUGGAAAGUACAGCCCUUGCUCCAGGCGAGUUUGUACAAAUCAUGGAGGAAUGUUUACAGGGAAUCCCUAAUACUAUCGCGUACAUGGAUAACAUUUACGUAACGGGCAAAACGACUGAGGAACAUUUUGAAAAUUUGAGACUUGUUUGCCACAGGCUAACGGAGCGCGGAUUAAGACUAAACAAAGAUAAAUGCGAUUUCUUGAAAAAGCGCAUAGAUAUUCUGGGAUUUGUGAUAGACAAAGACGGCCUGCACAAAUCCAAAACGAAGGUUAAAGCGAUGUACGAAGCGCCGCGGCCGGAAAACACUAAACAGCUGGUCUCAUUCCUUGGGCUAAUCAACUUCUACGCGAGAUUUUUAAAAAACAGAUCAGAUAAGUUACGACCGCUUUUUGAUUGCGCAAACAAAGAAGUUUUCGAAUGGACCAAGGAAUGCGAGAAGGCUUUUUGGUGGGUUAAAAACGAGAUGAUUUCCCCGCGAGUUCUAGCGCACUAUAAUCCAGACGAGCAACUGAUACUAGCGUGCGACGCGUCCCACUACGGGCUCUCAGCGAUUCUGUCACACAAAUACAAAGAUGGCACGGAACGGCCAAUCACUUUCGCGUCGAAACGUAUUCCAGAAAAAGAGCUGAACAGGGCAAUAAACGACAAGGAGGCAUGUGCCAUUGUUUUCGGAUUCGUUAAAUUCUACGAUUUUGUUUACGGUCGCAAAAUAACUCUGCGCACCGAUCAUAAACCGCUUGAAACUAUUUUCGGCACAAAGAAAGGCAUACCACUAACGGCGGCAACUAGAUUACAACGCUGGGCAAUUUUCGUGUCAGGGUUCGAGUAUGACAUCGAAUGGAUUAAAUCAGAACAAAAUGGGAAUUGUGACGCGCUAUCGCGGUUACCUAUCGAGAACAAGACGGACAUAUUUGAAUCAGACGUUACACAACUUCAUUUCAUUACCGAGGGCGCGAAAGUAAUAGACUACGGGACUGUUGUCCACGAGACAAAACGGGAUUGGGUCUUAUCACGAAUAACAAGGUUCUGCGUUUUCGGUUGGCUCACGAACAAUAAAGAGCUCCCCGGGGAAGAGAAACAGUUUUUCACGAAGCGUUAUGAAUUAUCGGUUGAAAAUAAUUGUUUAUUCUGGGGAUAUCGAAUAGUUAUACCGGAUAAGUUACGAGGUCGAAUUCUAGAUGACCUACAUUUGUCGCAUCUAGGAACGGUCAAAAUGAAAGCGUUAGCGCGGUCUUACGUGUGGUGGCCCGGCAUUGACACUGUGACGUCCUGGGUGAUGCGAGGUGGCUUCGAUCCGACAGAACGUCUCCGUUGA